AUGGGAAACAAAUAAUUAAUGAGACCGUUGGCUUUCAAAGAGGAAGAUGAUGAUGAAGGUGAAGAGAAGAAAUAAAGCAAAUAAAAGCAAAAAAAGCUAGUUAAGCCUUACAAUCAUGAUGCCGUAGAUACUGGUUUUGUUUCACCAAUAAAGGCUUAUUUACCUGUAGAGCAAGAGUAAUAAACUCUUUUCGUUAAACGCGCAGAGGUUUUAGAAAAUAAAAAUGCUGUUGAAUAUGUUCAAGAAAUUUACAAAAAGUUUCCUGAAGAUAAUAAUACAGAUUAGUUUUACCAUGAUUUUGUUCAAUUAUCAAGAGAAAAUAUUAUAGGCAAGUAGAAAUUUUUAUAGUAUAUAUGGACUCAGAGUGAUUUAUUAAACGUUUAUGAUGAGCCAGAUAAAAUUAGCUCUUAUAUUCCAGAUUGUCAAUUUAUUUAACUACUAUUUAAGUCUUGCCUAAAGGUAAUUGAUCAUGCUUAGACAGGUCAAUUUAUGGACUACUCAAAAUUUAUCAAAAUGAUACAUUUGAUGCAGUACGGACAGAAAAAAGAUUAACUUGAGUUCAUUUUUUAGCUGUUUGACACAAACAAUGAUGGAAAAAUAGAAAGAGAUGAUCUAUAUUCAUUUUAUCAAAACUUUUUUGACUUCUUAAUGCAAGCUCCGUUUAUUGAAAAAGAUAAAGAGAUGUUUAAAUUGUAAAGUGAUCUAAUGAAAUUAAAGGAUAAUGAAAUAGCCUAAGCAAUAAAAAAGAUAUCUGAUGAAAUUAAUUAAUAGCAUUGCAACAAUUAAGAUUUUAUGGCAUUUGAGUAGUGGUCAUAGCUAAUGGAAAAAGAGUAUUUAAAUGAUAUAUCCAGCUAUUAAAGCUCUAUGGUAGAAGCUGAAGCGCAGUAACCAAACAAGAGUGAUAUACCUAUCACAAAAAACAGAUCGAAAUAUGUUGACUAAUCUUUCAAUAAUGAUGCUUCGUAAAACAAUAACAGCCACUUAUAUUCAAGCUUUAAUAAAAAAGAUGCUUUCAACUAAACUCUAUCAACUGAAACAGCCAAAAAGGAUGAACCUCUAAUGGUUUUUUAAAAUAAAAAUAUGAUUUGA